UUUGAUAACGAAGUUGAAUCUGGUCCUCUUGUCUGAUUCUUAUUGGAGAACUUGAACUUUUGCUGAUUUAGUUCUCCUAGAGAUUUGGAGUUUUGAUAUUAUACUUGGUAUGGAUUGGCUAUCUUCCUAUCAUACCAGUAUGGAUUGGUAUAUAACAAAUUAUCACUUUUUGCAUAUUUGAUCAGCCGAUCUUUUAUUUUGAGAGUAUUAGACAUUAUUUAUCUCCUUGCCUAAUGUAUCCCAGGAUGACUUGUUUGGAUUACCUCCAAAUGUGAUUUUGCUUUUGAUUUGGUCCUUGGGACAAUCCUAAAAUCUAAGCCUCUCUACAGAAAGAUAUCAUUUGAGUAAGUGGAAUUAGAAAAGCAACUACAAGGAUUAUUAAAUGAGGAUUUUAUUUAGCUUAAUAUUUCAUCAUGGGGUGCUCCGGUGUUAUUUAAAAGAUGGAUGGAACAUUGAGGCUUUGUAUUGAUUAUAGAUAGUUGAAUUAGGUGACCAUCAAAAAACGAGUAUUUUCUAAAGUGACCACUUGUUUGAUUAACUGCAGGGUGCACAGGUAUUUUAAAAGAUUGUUUGAAGGUCGGGUUACCAUCUAUUGAGGAUCAAGGAGGAGAAUAUUUCGGUCACUCUUGGAUAAUUAUGUAAUUGUAUUGUAUUGAUGAAACUAUUUAAGAGUAGGAGGAGGAAAUAAAGAUAUCAUAAUCCUCAUCUUUUCAUCGAUUGAGCUAUGAUCAAUUUAGAGGACUAAAUUUUCUUUUAAGGGGGAGAGAGUGUAAUAUCCCUCGCUUUUAAAAAUUAUUAAUAAAUAUUUAUUUAUAAAUCGGGGGACCUAUAUGUAAAUAUAGAAAUUUCAAAUACUAAACUGUUAAGUUGUAAAAAGAAGUAAAUAAAGAAAAACUGAAAAUUUCGGUUUUAUCCCACCGCCUCCCACGCACUCUCUGUUUCUUCGAGAAACAGAGAGGAGCGGUAGGGCAUGAGGAGUGAAGAAAAGAAGAAGAAGAGGGAAAAGAAGAGAGGAGCAACAAGAGAGGAAGAAGAGGAAGAAGAGGAGGAGGUGGCUGCAGCGAGGGCUGCAGCGAGGAGCUGUGGGGCGUGGGGAGAAGAAGAGAGGAAGAAGAGGGAGAAGAGAAGAAGAAGAAGAAGAAGAAGAAGAAGAGAGGAGGAUAGCUGCGGCAAGGCUGCAGCGAGGAGAUGUGUGGCCUUGGGGAGGAAAAGGGAAGAGGGGAAGAGGAGAAGAAGAAGAAGAGGAAGAGAAAGAGGUGUGAUACCUCUGUUUCCUGCAGAGGAAACAGAGGAGAGGGUGUGUGUGACGCCGGGGAAGAAGGGGCUGCAGCUGCGGCGAUGGCAGCUGCAGCUGGAAGAGAAGAAGAAGAGGAAGAUGAGCAGGGGAGGAGGGAGAGGUUGCGGCCAUGGCUGCGGUCGUGACUGCAGCAGUUGCAGCGGGGAGAGAAGAAGAAGAAAGGAAGGAGAAGGAAGAGGAGAAGGGAAAGAAGUAGCUGCGGCUGCGGUUGUGGCAGCUGCAGCUAUGGCAGGGAAAGAGGAAGAGAAAAGGAAAAGGAAGAAGAAGAGAAAGGGAAGGAGAGGAAGAAGAGAGGAAGAGGAGAAGGGGCUGCGGCUGCGGCGAUGGCAGCUGCAGCUGUGGCAGGGAAAGAGAAAAAGGAAAGGAAGAAGAAGAGAAAGGGAAGGAGAGGAAGAAGAGAGGAAGAGGAGAAGGGGCUGCGGCUGCGGUGAUGGCAGCUGCAGUUGUGGCUGGGAAAGAAGAGAAGGAAAGGAAGAAGAAGAGAAAGGGAAGGAGAGGAAGAAGAGAGGAAGAGGAGAAGGGGUGGCAGCUGCGGCAGUGGCAGCUGCAGUUGGAAGAGAAGUAGGAGAGGAAAUAGAGUAGCAGAGGAAGAAGAGGCUGCGGUUGUGGUGGCUGCGGCCAUGGCUGCGACUGCGACUGCGGCAGUUGCAGCUGGGAAAGAAAGGAAAGGAAAGGGGGAAAAAGGGGCUGCGGACGGGAUUGCGGUCGCAGCGGCAGCAACUGCGUAUGCAGCAGUUAUGUCUGCGAGAGAAGGGAGGAAGGAAGGUAGUGUGGUGGAAGGGGCUGCGAUUGUGGCAGCGGUAGCGGCGGCGGUUGUGGCAGCUGCGUUUGGGAAAGAAAAAGAAGGAAUGAGAGUAAGAGAAAGCAGGUGACUGUGCCUCGAUGUUCGUCACGUGGUGUAGUUGCGAAGAAAGGAAGAAAACGGGAGCACAAAACGAAACAGAGAGAGGACACGGAGGAAAAGUAGAAGGAUUUGGGCUAGCACCUUCUUUGGAUCUUCGGAUCGAAAUCCUUGAAAGGCAAGUUCCCUGACCGUUUCUCCUAUAAUUGCUCUGAUAUUUCUUAUUGCAAGUUCCCUGAUCGUUUCUCCUAUAAUUGCUCUGAUAUUUCUUAUUGCAAGUUCCCUUAUCGUUUCUCCUAUAAUUGCUCUGAUAUUUCUUAUUGCAAGUUCCCUGAUCGUUCCUCCUAUAAUUGCUCUAAUCUUUCCUAUUGCAAGUAUCCUGAUCGUUCCUCACUGUCAUUUUUAUCUCUACAUUUGCUUUGAAUAUGAGGAACUUUGAAUUGUUCUAGCCUUGUAUUUGAUAUAUCUCCUGUUUAGACGUAACGAUUCGAAUCUGUGCAACUUCUGAUAUUCUGACCUUUUGAUACCGAGCUGCCUAUAAGUCUUUUUUGGAAACUCUGAUUUGUUCAAAAUUGAUUUCAUUGGAAACUAGACUCGUAGACCUUUCUUUGAUAUAUGGAUUGAAAGAUUUGGAAUCCAAACACCUAUCCAAUUAUCUGUUGAAUAUGACAUUAUGAAUUCUGCCAACAGAGAUUUUGUUCUACGACACUUGCUUACCAAAUUAUUUGUAACUCUCUCUGUUGGACAGUUCAAUUCAUAUGAAGCCUGUCUUAUCUGAAAGUAUUAUCCAAUGAUUAUUUCUGAGUAAAUUGGAGCACGAUUGAUAGUUUGAAUCAUUUGUUCAAUGUGCCUUCUGUAUUCUGCCAUAAAUCGAGCUUUGGUCGAUUUCUCAUAUUCUAGUUUCAUUCCUUUGGAAAUUGAUAUCCUUUAGCCUUCUUAUUCAAUUGAACUUUAUAUUACUGCUUUGAAUUCUUGUAUGCUCUUGUCCUUAAAAUUAUUUGCAUUCUUGAAAACUGUUGUGUAACGUUUAUGCUAUAUCGUAUUGACUCAUAUUGGCACAUGUAUAUCCUAUUGUUCCGCAUUUGCUUUCGAUAUGUGCCUAUUCCAGUUUCAUUCCUUUGGACAUUGAAUUCAUCAAAUCUUCUUAUUGAAUUGAGUUAUAUGUGAUUGCUUGGAUUCCAUAUGUGCCCUUGCUUUCAAUUCCUUUCAAAUCUGAAUAUACUUGUGAAAGAUUAUUGCUUACUUCGGAUUGACUCGUAAAGGCACAUGUACACUUUGUUGUUCCGCGUGUGCUUCCGAUAUAUGCUGCUUAUUGUUAAAACUGCCCUUUUGUACUCUAGUGUGUGGGAUUGUCUGGACCUUUGCCAGAAAUGGUAAAGGGUAUGCGCUAUUUGCCUGCUAUGUG